CUCAGGUCAGUCCUCCUGUUGUCUCUUGUACCCAGGUCGUCAGACGAAUUAUGAAUCUCCAUUAAUUACUUAGUGUCUAAAAUUGUAUGUUUCACUUAAGGAAUAGCAAAGUACAAGGCAUAGGACAGUUUCCUGCCCUCCUCGGUUGAGAAAUUCUCGUUUCCUGUGGGUACAAUCUGUCAUGUGCUACAAAGUACCUUGGCUACUGCAACUGAUGUGCGUGCACUGCCCCGGAGAAUCCAGCGAAUUUUUAAACCGCCAUCAUAAGGCAGGAAAUGCAAAAUUUCAUUUUAUCUUCACUUUUGGAGGAUUUAUGUGGAAGGGAAUUACGUUAGGUGCUUUCUGUAAACUCCACAACCUGCCCUACUGACUUGAUCAGGUUCCACCGGAAACGCCAUACAGCUGCGUACUCCUUCCGGACUCCAGGUGAAAAGACUGACGGGACACCAGCCAAUGAGCUCGCUUCUUCCCCGCGGCAGGGCGGUACUUCAGCCCAGCGUCGGAAGCUCGCCCCUGUACGUGAUGUGUGUGUGUGCGUGCUUGCGUAUACCGUGCAACGCAGACCUUUUCUCCAGUGCGUGGCGCCACCCUGCGGCUGUGAGUCCUCAAUGCGACAGCCAGAACUGACAGCCCGCCAUGGAGCCGCGGAAAGAGGCGCGAACCCCCCGGGACACGGUUGCGCGUCCACAUGGUGUCUGGACAACGCCGGUGCGCGGCGCGGAGGAGCAGUGGGGAGGCGAGGACUCCCCGGCGGCGCCGUCUUCAGACUCGGAGGCGGACUGCGGGAGCGCGGACGGGCUGUGGGGGCUGCCCGUGGAGCAGACCGCGCGCAGGCCCGAGUGCGGCCGCUGCAGCCGACCUCAGAAAGUGUGUUUGUGUCCAUUUCUACCAGUGCAUCCUUUGCACAUCUCUACUCACUUGUAUAUAAUUCAGCAUCCAGCAGAGGAAAACAAAGUAUUGCGGACUGUUCCUCUGCUAGAAGCAUGCCUCCCCCAGGACAAAUGUAAAGUAAAGAUUGGUCGUCGCUUCAGUGAAGAAAGAGAUACUGAACUUUCAACUGUCUGCCGGAAGUCUGGUACUUUAAUAUUCUAUCCAGGGGCUGAAGCGACUAAUUUGGAAGAAUUUAUAUUAGAUUCUCCUGUCUAUCCAUCCACAAUCAUCAUAAUUGAUGGUACAUGGAGCCAGGCUAAGGACAUUUUCUAUAAAAAUUCCUUGUUCCGAUUUCCCAAACAGGUGCAGUUAAAAACUACCAUUUCCAGUCAGUAUGUAAUUCGGAUGCAACCAACUAAUAGGUGCCUUUCUACACUGGAGUGUGCAGCUGUUGCUCUUUCUAUCUUGGAGAAAAAUAAUUCCAUACUGGAGACCUUGCUUCGUCCUCUUCAAGCUUUAUGCUCUUUCCAGCUUCAACAUGGUGCUCAAAUUCGUCUCAGCAAGGAAUACCUUCUGAAAAAUGGAUUAUAUCCUAAGCCAAUGCCAAAGAACAAACGCAAACUCAGGAAAAUGGAACUCUUAAUGAACAGUGUAAAAAUUUAGUAGUUACUCUUCUGGUGCUAAUUUACCUGUUUUAGUGGAAAAUGCCACAUUAUAUUUUCUUCAAGUUUAAGUCGUGGGCUUUUGACUUUCUAAAGAAGAAUGAGGGUUACUACUAAUCUUAUUCAAAACAAGGAAAUAAACCAAAUAGCCAUAAAAACAAAACAAAAACUUAUUUGACUCAGUGAAAAGCAAUAUUUCGUACUGUAUUUUUAAAAAAUAUGACUCUAAUACACUUUUUCUAAUCCAUAAUUUAAAAUAUAUGUUGCUGAGCUAAGGUGAAGAGUUCUCAUAUAUAAAAUGGAAAGAGAUUGUGCCUGAUUGGAACAGUAUUGUUUCCAUUAAUGUGUGUAAAUAACUAGUUGUAGUCUAGUAAUAGGAUAUA